UCAGAAAACGAUGUCUCAAUUGAAAAACGAAUCUUCACAAUGCUUAUGGACAAGUAUUUGCAUAGUGUGGUUAUUAACGUCGAAGGCUCGUGGAGCUGUCGCCGCUACAAAUUAUGGAGAAGCUCUCACAAAGAGUCUUUUGUAUUUCGAAGCCCAACGCUCUGGAAAAUUACCGUGGAACCAAAGAGUUAACUGGAGAGGAGAUUCUGCACUUAGAGACGGUUCUGAUAAUCAUGUUGAUCUCACCGGAGGGUACUAUGAUGCCGGAGACAACAUGAAGUUCGGAUUUCCUUUGGCUUUCAUGACGACAAUGCUAGCUUGGAGCAGUAUAGAGAUGGCAUCACAGCUUAAGGCCCAUAAGGAGGACGAAAACGUCCUUGCGGCUCUCAAAUGGGCUACUGACUAUCUCAUCAAAGCCCAUCCCGAGGCCAACGUUCUUUACGGACAAGUCGGUGACGGAAAAUCGGACCACGACUGCUGGAUAAGACCCGAGGAUAUGACCACUCCGCGUCCUUCAUACCGCAUUGAUGCUCAGUAUCCAGGUGCUGACCUGGCAGGCGAGACAGCUGCAGCGAUGGCUGCAGCUUCUUUAGCCUUUGCACCAUCAAAUGCAACCUAUGCAAAGAUACUCAUUGGUCACGCAAAAGAUCUAUAUGAAUUCGCCAAGGCUCAUCCAGGCUUUUACCACAGCUCCAUUCCUAACGCGAGUGAUUUCUACGCGAGCAGUGGAUACGAAGAUGAGUUAUUGUGGGCCGCGGCUUGGCUUCACCGUGCCACUAACGACCAGACUUAUCUCGAUUAUCUAACACAAGCAUCUGAUAUCGGAGGUUCCAGGAAUGUUUUAUCGUGGGAUAAUAAGUUCUUGGGCGCACAAGUCUUAGUGGCCAGGCUUGCACUUGAAGGAAAAGUAAAGAGCAAUGAGAAGAUGGAAGAGUACAAGAGUAAGGCGGAGCAGUUUAUAUGCAACUGUGCUCAGAAGGCCGGCUCAAACAACGUAAAGAAAACGCCGGGAGGCUUGCUUUGGUUCUUGCCGUGGAACAACCUCCAAUACACCACCGCCACUUCCUUUGUCCUUUAUGUCUAUUCUAAAUAUCUUGAAGCCGUCAACGCCUCCAUCAAAUGUCCCGAGGGAGAUCUUCAAGCUUCUGAUCUUCUCAACCUCACUCGUGCCCAGGUAGACUACAUACUUGGGUCAAACCCGAAGAACAUGAGCUACAUGGUUGGAUUCGGGACCAAUUAUCCUAAGAGACCACACCAUAGAGGAGCCUCUAUAGUGUCGAUCAACGAGAACAGAACUAGUAUGAAUUGCAGUGAAGGAUUCAACCAAUGGUAUCACAAUCCUGCACCGAACCCUAACGUACUAACCGGAGCAAUCGUGGGAGGACCCGACGAGAACGAUGCUUAUGGAGAUGAGAGGACUGAUUUCAACCACAGUGAGCCUGCUCCCGCCACCGUUGCUCCAUUUGUUGGCGUUUUGGCCGCCAUUGCUUGAUCUUUCUCUCUCUCUCUCUCUCUCUCUCUCUCUCUCUCUCUCUUUUUCGUAAACUUAUUUCAUUAUUAAUUUAUAACUUCGAAAGGUCUUAAGACUCUUAACUGUAAAUUUUGUCUUCAAUACACAAUAAAUUUGAUAUAAUUCAAAAAAAUAAAUAAG